CAGGAGAAUCUGUGAGAAUUUGAUUAGAAGAAGAAGUAGAAGGUUGAGGAAGGAGACGAGAUGGGAGAAAGGAAGGUCCUUAACAAGUAUUAUCCGCCGGACUUCGAUCCGUCGAAGCUUCCACGGCUCCGGCGACCGAAGAACCAGCAGAUCAAAGUUCGUAUGAUGCUUCCCAUGAGUGUCCGAUGCAGUACCUGUGGAAACUACAUCUACAAGGGAACCAAAUUCAAUUCCCGUAAAGAAGACGUCAUCGGCGAGACAUAUCUGGGGAUUCAAAUCUUUAGGUUCUACUUUAAGUGCACCAAGUGCUCUGCAGAGCUGACUAUGAAGACUGAUCCACAGAACUCUGAUUAUAUUGUUGAAUCUGGGGCAAGUCGUAACUAUGAACCCUGGCGUGCUGAAGACGAGGUGCUUGAUAAGGAACAACAGAAAAGAGAUGCCGAGGAGAUGGGGGACGCUAUGAAGUCUUUGGAGAACAGGACUUUGGAUUCUAAGAGAGAAAUGGACAUUAUAGCCGCUCUUGAUGAAAUGAAAUCUAUGAAGUCUAGACACGCUACUGUGAGCGUAGAUGCAAUGCUGGAGGCCUUGCAAAGAACAGGCGCUGAGAAGGUCAAACGUAUAGAAGAAGAAGAUGAAGCAGUAAUAAAGUCGAUAUUUGGUAAGCAGAAAGAAGUUGUUAGGAGAAUUGCAGAUGACGAAGAUGAUGAGGAUGAUGAUGAUAGUGAUGAUUCUCCCAGCCUUCGUAAGGAGAAGAAAGGAUCAUCUUCAGAUCUUUCAAAGAAGAGAAAGGCAUCAGAAGAAGGUCCAAGCAACCCCACAGAUAUUUUGACUAGUUCUUCUGCAGAAAUACCCAAGGAGCCCAAGAAGCGAGCUACCAGCAAGCAACCUUUCAAAUCCGUUCACAUAACAGUCAUCAAGAAGCAAUCUCAGCCAAGUUCUUCGACUACUCCAGCUCUUGCAAAGCCAGAGAAUGAGAAGAGCGAGGGUGUGGCUAACACUGGAUUAGCAUCUUUAUUCCAGAACUAUGGCAGUGAUGAAGACGAGGAUUGAAUCAUUUUAGUUUUUCUUUUGUUCUCAACAGGUUUCUCACUUUCACAGAUCUUAUAUCACUGUUUUAGAGUUGGAGCCAUCAUUAAACUGUUCAUGUAAGAGAUCUCUCAAGUUGAUAUUAAGAUGCAUAUUUCCAGAAAUUUGUUUAUGAAAUUGUUUUUGCAG